GCCGACGCCGCCGAUGUGGACGCCCGCCGAAGGCGCUGCUGCUGCUGCUGCGGCGGCGGCGGCGACGAGCACGCCCCGCUGCUGCCGCUGGCGACGCGGGGCCUGCCUGCGGCCCGGGCGACCCCGAGGGACCAGCCGAAAUGUGGAGGUCCCCGCAUCCGGCACCGGCACCGUGGCGUCCUCCGCGCCGCGCGGAGCUCCACCCCCGCACCGUCCGCGGUCGAUCACCGGCGGCCGCCCCGCGCUUCCCGGCCGGAUCGAGGCAUCAGCCCCGCUCUGCGGAUGCAGUCUCCAUGGCGACGGCCAAUGGGAGCGCGCCGGAGCGCGGUGGGCGUGUUCCCCCUGUCGUCGGGCCCGUCGGCUGUGGGGCGCGCUUUUAUAAGACUCGCGCGGGCGCAUUGGGCGCGAUAACUUCGUUAGUCAUUGCUCGUUAGUCAGGGCCCCAAGGCUGGCCGCAGCGCUGGACGGCCGGUUCCAGCUGUGGAGCAGCGCCAUGGCGGCGGCUGCCGCCGCCGUGGCGGCCGAGGACCCGCGGCUGCAGGCGCCGGUCGGCGGCGACGACCGGCUCGGCGCCGGAGUCGCGGCGCACGUCUCGGCCGCCGGCCAGCAGGAUUGCGGCGGCGGCGGCGACAAGCGGAAGGUCGAGCUGGCGUCGCCGCUGUACGCGCUGCAGGACACCAGGCACCGCGACGGACAGCUCCAAGGACAGGGAGAUGGCGGAGCGUUCAAGAAGCUCAAGCUGGAGCCCGGCGUGUCCGACCUGGGCCUGUCGUCGUGCGGCGGCGGUGGCGGCGUGCUGGCCACCGCGUGCAGUCCCACGACGCCCGCGAGGCGGCGCCACCGGACCACCUUCACCCAGGAGCAGCUGCAGGAGCUCGAGGCGGCAUUUGCCAAGAGCCACUACCCGGACAUCUACUGCCGCGAGGAGCUGGCACGCAUCACCAAGCUCAACGAAGCGCGCAUUCAGGUGUGGUUCCAGAACCGGCGCGCCAAGUACCGCAAGCAGGAGAAGCAGCUGCAGAAGGCCCUGGCCGCGCCGGCGGCGCUGCCGCCCGCGGCCUGCAACGGCAUGAUGCGCGGCGUGUACGGCCCACCGCGCACGAGCUCGUACGCGGCCUACGCCGCCGCAGCAGCGCACCCGCACCCGGCGGCGCGGUACCCGGCGUACGGCGCCGCGGCGCAGUCCUUCGGACACCAGCCCGGGGCGGCGGCGGCCGCCACGUCGCCCGAGGAGGACUGGUACCAGCGCGGCUUCUCGGCCCUCAGGGCGCCGCCCGCCACCGUGUCCCAGCAUCCGGUCUACCACAGCUAGGCACCGCCGGCGCCGCCCUGCGCUCGCGCUGACCGCGCGGCGAGCCCGUCGCCGCCGCGUGCCCACUGACUCGACCCGGGGACUCGGGCUCGACCCAGGGACUCGGUCCAGGGGCUCGACGUGCCUUGUUUGUAGCUUCUGUACGUCGGUGGUGCCCGUUUGCGCACCACUGCGCUGCUUGGUUUUCUGACAGCUGCGAUUCUCCCUAACCAAAAGUUGAGGCUUUUUUGUUUGUUUAAUAGCGUGUUUCUCGACAGGUGCACUGGCUUUCGAUGUCGCCACAUCGCGCCAAAUUCGGCGUGUAUUCUUUUCAAGUGCACGAAGUAAUCUCUGUUCUUCACUUUCGGUGACUAUAUCGCUUUUGUUUUUUCGCUUAUCACGUCCUCUUCCACUGGUUUCUCCAGUUGAAAACUUGAUCUCCUCCGAGACCCGAUCGAUCGAAGACAGAUUCCCACAUGAACUCGUUAAAGAAAGACAGGAGCACGUCCCGAUGACUCGGUGGCACGCAGAGCCAUACGGGGCCCUGGGUCGAGCAACGGCGACCGGCGCACCGAGUCGCACAGCGCGGGCGCAGAGCCGCCGCCGUUCUCUGGUGGACGACGUCACACAUCUCUCACGCACGCGUACACCGAGCGCCACCGUCCGAUGGGGGACGACGCAACGCGGGCGACGCCCGCACCGCCGAGGAAACCACGAGGGAUCGCCGAUGCACGGUCCACCGCCGUCUCCCGCCGCCUGAGCUGCGCAAAAGAAAAAAAAAGAUGGACACACGCCUGCCGGUCACCUGCAGCUGCCGUCAACCGCUCGCCAAACCGCACACUCGCGUGCGCAGCCUGAGGCGGUUUCGGAGGGGCACGCGGCCGGGCUAACUUCUGAGGGACCAGAACACAACGCACAAGGCGAAGGCAGAAGGGCGCGCGCAUAUUUGCUGCACACUUCGAAGCACGGAUAUGAGACUCGGGAUGUGUCGUUAAAACGCAGCUUCAAAUUGGUCGCCGGAAAGAGAAAUUGGUUACGCGAUGGCUGGAAACGGCUCCGCCGCGAGACAGUCCGAAAAAAAAAAAAAAUACUAUGCCACAAGCUUCUCCCGUACUUAUGUUAUUUCUUCUAUUUGACGAUCGUAUAUGUUAUUAAACUCGCAACACUAUACAGCUGCAGCGGUAGUCAAAACAGGGUAGAAAUUUAAUGCCAGCGCGUAACUGGCGCUUCUCUUAUGACGCAUAACAUUUGUCAGGUGCCUCUUCGCCAGUCCAAUCGUCGCGUAUAUUUGCAGCUGGACGCAACUUUACCGCUUCCGCCUCUAAGCUUCUAUACGUAUACCGCUGUCACGAUGACGCGGGAGAGGUUUCGCGGGUUACACAACGUUAAUGUUGCACAUUUUCUUAACUGCACAUCUUCAUAUACACCCCGCGCCGUAAUUAAUUGGCCUGAACGAGCGAGGCAGGCUUAAUUAAGCGCCGCGAAUGAGACGGUUGAAGAGGGUUCAGAUGGCCAAGUACAGCGUAUACCGCGCGCGCGUAUGACGCGAUCCCGCGAACGGUGGGCUAGAACCCGCUGAUCCCGUGGCCCCGUUAGCCAACGCGAAAGUGGCGGCUGUGGCAUCAGAUCGGCCAGAUGCCCAGAGCACGAGCUUCCCGUGCAAAUACGUCGCCACAAUGCGAAAGCGCUCUCCGAACCGCUUCAGGCUGCACCUAUGUACACGCGCAAUGCAUGCGUCGCGCCUUCCGAGCUCCAAAUAAACGCGCGCCACCUUCGGAGACGCGCAUACUCUGAAGCGGCAACCAUAUGGGAACGUAUUCACGGCGUACAGGAGGGGACCAACACGUAUAAGGCAAACGCCGCACCUUCGCUACGUCAGAUGUCAGCUCCUUUUCGCGUUCAAAUAAAAAAAAAUACUGAACCUCGAGAAAUACUCCGCAACGGCGCAUCUGCUUAUGUAUAUAUAGGUGCCGGCAAGUGAGGCUGUAUACGUAUCAGGCUUCCGCCGGGAUUCACGCAAGUUAGUGGUUCACAGGAAAACGGACGCGCCUAAUGAAAUUAUCAGACGAAACCCUGCCCUUGACGAAGACAAGCCCUCUUGUCGAAAUGUUGGCUCCAUGAGACAUCUCUUGUUCGACCACUGUUUGAUCAUUCCGCAAUGCUUGUUGCGUACGUGUCGAUUAUCCGUUGCCCAUUUUAUAUCAAACCACCCUGCAUACUUUCGGCCUGUUGUCUCUGUCACACCUCACGCGACGCCGACAGUGUAAUCGAGGCUGAAGUCACUUUUAUAAGUGGAGGCCAGAUUUGGCUAAGAUCACACAAAAAUCAUCUCGGGCAUGAUUAAGGCGCGGACAACACACGGCGCUGCCUUAAUUCGCCAACGCCGCUCCGAAAAUGCGCAGGAGGUACGUUCUAUGUGGUUGCCGCUUAAUACGAAGGCGCUUUUACUCGCCUAGCACUGCGCUAGGCAUUGGAAAAGAAACCAAGAGAGGAGCGUCGCAACUGACACGUCUCACGGACUCCUUUCUUCUUUUACUAACGCCAGCGAGUGUCCGUUCGCUAUUGUCCAGGAGAUGCUAGCAGGCUGAUGUUAAAUGUCGCUACGGAAAACGUUUUGUAAGAAAAAAAAUCAAAAUGAAAAUCAAGGCUUUGGUUGUUGUUGAGACGACCUCUUUUCACAAUUUCUAUUUCCUCAGCUGUAUAUUUUACACACUUCACACUGGUUCGAUGCCUUCUUAAUGAGAGUCAUGCUCUGAUCAUUCCCCCUGCUUUGUUUCUCGAAGCACUUUGAGAGUGCAAUAUGAAAGGAUGUACUUUUUUUUUCUCGGUGGUGUGCAAUUCCUUGAAGUACGAUAGCUCAUCCUGCAACACUAUCAUAGCUGCUUCACUCGAGUGGCCAGGUUGCUCUAGCGUCAGACCACCGUUCGGGUUGGCAAAAAGCGACGAGUUUGUUUAAUGCUGAACUGUCCGCGUUUGCGUUUCCUUCAUUCUCUGGCGGCGCUGUUGUAUUAUAUAUUAGCCGGUUGUGAAAAAUGGUCUAGUCGUUCUAUAGUUUCGAAAUCAGCAUUCUCAUCUCGAAGCAUUCGCAGUAUCGGCACACUUAAUGGGACGCCAAAGAGAAGCAACCAUUCAAUUUAAACUGACGAGGUAUUCUUUCGAAGCUCUUAUUUUCGUUGAUUUCGCGGUUGCAGAUCCCCCGCUGGAAGAAUAUAUGAAGGCCAAGGUUACGUGUUUUUGAAUUUCGCGCCGAAACCCUUGUGUCACGUCAGUGUGACGUCACGUAUUUUAAAAUGUUUGAUCGCAUUUAGGUCGUUGUGACGCAGAAAGUUCUGGAAACUUGCCACGUUCGCUCUUUGGCUCCUCCAGAAUACAACGCAUUCUAUCUUUACAGAUAAACGGUUAACUAUAGGCCCGCCAACACGCUGUCGUCGUGAAGUCCAUGACGUAACGGCGAAAGAGGGCGGGAACUUCGAAGUGGUGUCGCCACUAGUCCUGCGUUCUGGCAUUCUUCUUUUUUUUUUCAAAGUUUUUCAAAGUUAGCGCGCAUCCUCUCGCCGCAAGAUUGACUUUUUCUUUUGGGUGAGGAGGUUAUGCGUUACUAUAUACAAAUAUUUUUUUGCUCUCUUUAAUGUCCCUUUAACGGCUGAAAACGUGUACAAAGCGUGAUUUUUGACAUUCUCUCUCUCUCUCUCUCUCUCUCUCUCUGCCUAUUUCUUUUUGCACGACCGGCACUGACGCUGAUUUUUGCACGCUUAAACGUCAUAGAACAUUUCGGUCGUCUGUGACAGAAAGUAAGACGGACAGGGCAUCAAGAGCCGCACUCAAGUGAGCCGUGGUUCGCCCUAUCAUGUACAUACUGUAUCUUCAAAAAAGUUGUCGCGCAAUAUUAUCAAGCCCGAAAAUUGACUCGCCCAGCGACCCAUCGCCACUUCGGUUCUGCCACGCAGCGCAUCAAAUCCUCGAGGCAGCGAGAGAAAGCGACGCUUCCCGUCGUGUCCGACGAUUCUCAUGUACAAACGCCAAAGGCGAAGGUGACAUUAAACAGAGUGAAUGAUAGCUAUCUGCCUGCUACGUCAGCUUCUC